UUUUCAAUUACACCGAUAUGAAACAUAGGUAAUCAACGUCCUUGGGGAUGUCUCCCUUUGUGGGAGUGUGUGUUUAAUAUAAAUAUGCUGUUGUUUCAGAUCUUGUUAUUGUGCUUAGAUUGAUGUAGCCAUGCUUUGUUUAUUUAACUACAAAGUUUAUGUUUUUUAUAUCUGCGCGUUUGUAUUGACGAAGAACGUAAAGGCGACAAAGGUGAUAUCAAAUUUAAAUUGGAUUUGCGAAGACUCUGCUCCAUGCGUUCGUGCGGUUCAUCCGCACGGGGGCGUAGCGGAGGUGGCAGCUGGCACAGAACGUUACAGCCUCCUCAUAAGCGUGCACAGGCGCCAGACAGCGGAAGAAGAAGUUAUGGAAGGAUGGGUAAACUCUAACGGGGAACCGACAUGGAAUGUAGACGUUAGGUGGUUCAGACUGCUUGAAACAAGAAUGAGAGUUGCCCUUCCAACUUGCAGAAAUAAGCUCUCCUGUGACGUCAGAUUGCUUGAUGCGAAUGACAUCGAGACGGAAGAAGCGCCCGAUCAUGUGUAUUCACAUUUUCUUGUUGAAGUUCGGUUUGAUGGACACCCAUCUACAACCAAAAUGCAACUUGUUGUUCGAAAGAACUUGAAUAAAUUUAACAACGACCUUCGCAGCAGUUUUAACCAUGACGACUUUGACAGCUUGUUAACAGUAAACGAGGCAAACGGCCAAGCUAAAGGAAACGGAGCAGCAGAUAGAAAUAUGAACUCAGGUGUUUAUGUUGACAACGAUGGUGUAUUCAGACCGCUUCACUUGCCUAAUGCAGAGAAUACAAAAGUAUCCGACGCCGUACAUAAUCCAGAAGUGCGAAACCAUCCGCAGUAUGGUGUCCUCUUCCCAUCAAAUGGAGAAAAAGACGAAAAAAAUGCCGGGGAGGGAAAAUUCAACACACAAAGCGACCAACACCAAGAUUAUACAAAUAUCAUCGAGUGGAACGGACCGAGACAUGGCAGCAACGACACCGGAGAAGAUGGUCAAGAUUUUGAUGACAACUACGACUCAUGGUCAUGGGACAACCCAGAUUAUCAGAAAGUUAAUGAUCCAGAUUUAAGCUCUGCAAGUAAUAUCACUGUUUGGAACCAGAUAACACAUUUUCUAACAAAACCUGCUGGCAUCGUUAUCAUCAUUCUUGUCAAUUCAGCUUGCUUAGCGGCGAUGGGAACUGGUUGCUACGUUAGAAGAAAACGAAAAAGGCGCGAAAAAGCAGUAGAACGUCCAGCAGGUCCCUCAGUCAAAAUAGGCAGAAAAUCACCACGGAAACGUCGUUUUUUCUGGUGGUUAUUUAGGUCGAAGCCUUACAACUACCAACCUGUUCCAAGUCAAGGAAUUUUUAGCAAGAAGGAGAGAAACAGUUACUCGACUUUACUCUCCGAUUCGGAAGACGACGAUUAUAACUCAACGGUGAGGGAUCGUUCGUUUGAGGAAUUAAAAAAUACUUCAAAGGAAAUGUCAGAUCGGGCAACAAAGGCUUUCAUAUCUGCCAAGCGACGAGGUUCAGUAUUUGGUGAGAAAGUCGCCAGAUUUGCCACCAAAAUUCUCAGUUGUUUCACUCAACUUUUUCUCUUCCUUCGUAACUAUAUUCUCAAAUGCUGUGCCGGACGUCAGGACACUACUUCCACCAGUGAUUAUAGUGACGAAAGUGGUCCAGACGGCGGGUCUCCACCUUUAAAAGUAGUUCCACCAUCAUCAGGCGGAGGGAACUCUUUUUCCCCAACAACCGACAUCAGCGGACGAUUUCCUACAUCCUCUUACGAAAAAACCACAAACAGUAAAAAUGACGAAUAUCUUGAAAACAGGAGUGAGCAUAAUACAUACCACACACCACACCCACGAUGCGGGUUACAUUGUGUUCAAAACAACAACACAAAUAUCAUAAAAUCCGAAACUUCUCCGUGUAAUCCGAAAUCUUCCGACGAAUCUUCUGUCGCGUCCGGAGAUUGCAGACCCGCAACUUCUUCCACUUCUGUGACGUCAUUUAGCUCAGGUGUGUCGUCAUCAAAGCAAACGAGUCCACCAACUCAGAAGAACAUGAGCGUUGGGGAUGCCUCAACAAAUCAAAGCAGGUAACAUAAAAUAUUCAUAUACUUUUUUAUCUGCAUAUUAAAUGAUAGUAUAAGUUUU